AUGAUUUUUAUAUCCAAACACUACUCAGAAGAUGGAAAUUCAUACGACAGAGAGAUCAGUGAAUUGGAAGCGCUUAGAAAUAAGGCGAGUCGAGUGCCGCGAGAUUUCACCGGCUGUUCACUACUCAAGAGAUAUUACUCACAAGUGUAUAGCCUUUUGAACAGAUUUUCUGCGUUUGAGACUAAUUUGGGCGUUGAAUGUGUUUGGGUUGACAUAUACUCGGGUCAGACUCAGGUCCACGAUCUGGACUUUGAGUUGGCGUCCAUUCUGUACAAUAUCGGUGCCCUUCACGCAGAGUUGGGUGCACUCGACCUGAGGACCGGUGCCGACAACAUGAAAGUCUCGUGCACUCACUUCCAGUGCGCGGUUUGGGCUUUUCAACACUUGAGAGACGAUAAUCGGCUCUUUAAGACGAAAGACAUGUCUCACGACUUGUUGUCGUUCUUCGUUCAGGUAAUGCUAUCGCAGGCACAGGAAUGCAUUCUUGAGAAGUCUAUGUUAGACAAUCGCAAGUCAUCCAUUGUGGCCAAAGUGGCCGCACAAGUGGUUGAGUAUUAUAGCAGCUCUUUACUCAUUCUUUUGCAAUCGGCGGUCAAUACGAGUGCGAGCCAUACGAUCGUCGAUAUCGUCGGCUCUAAGAUAUAUAAAGAGUGGAAAAAAUUUAUUGAAUUUAAAGUUUCGUAUUAUAACUCGAUUUGCGCUCUCUUUAUGGGAAAUCUGGCCGAAGAACAGCAAAAGAUGGGCGAAAGAGUCGCGUGGUUUCAGUCGGCAGAAGUGAAACUUAACGAAGCGAUCAAACUGUCCAAACAGAUGGACAGACCGGAGCUGAACGAAGCGCUUACUUUUGUGAACGAUGUAAUUAAUGUGAAACUCGGAAACGCUAUUAAAGAAAAUGAUUUUGUUUAUCACGAAAAAGUUCUCACGAGUGAUAAACUAACAGAAGUAAAGGGCGUUUCGCUCGUGAAAGGCAUUCCGUUCAGUGUUUGUGAUCCAGAAAUCUGCGGGAAUGACAUAUUUAGUCGUCUGGUGCCCAUCGAAGCCCACGAAACCAACUCUAUUUAUAGCGCAAAAAAGGACGAAAUUAUGAGAACUGUUCGCAUCAAAGUUAAUGACAAGAAUGAAGAAUUGGACGCAUAUAUGGCGUCCUUACAGUUGGACAAAGACAGGGUUCGGGUCGGAGACGAACGCAUUCCCGACCAAUUGAUCGAAGUUUGCGCCGCAAUGUCUGUCAAUCCUAACUCUAUUAGUGAAGUGACCGCUGUUUUGGAUGAAUUAGAAGAGAUCAGCGAUGAAGUGGACAAAGCUAUCAGUGAUACUAAAAUACUUCUGGAAGAAGAAGAGAGCAAAGAGACAGAUCACCAAAACCUGUACGGAAAGAGACCGACGUCUAUGAUUGUCGUCGAACUGAACAAAGAGUUGUCAAAACACGAGGAAAUACACAAAAAGGCCUUACAUUCCAACGGAUCUCUAAGAGACAAUUUGGAGCGACAUUGCGAUGACAUUAAACUAUUAAUUAGUUCUUCGGCUCAAAACGUGUCAUCGCUGUUGCCUUCAACGGGAAGUAGCCUUCCCUUCGAUGAGUCCAAUUUGGCUGAAUUGGAGAAACUAUUGGAUAAAGUAAGCGAAAUGAAACGCCAGCGCAUACACCUCGAGGACCAAUUGAGAGACACUAUGGCCACCGACGACCUCAUGAAACAAGUGUUGACUCACAACAAACAACAGAUAGAGGAGGUGUUUAACAAUGAAAUUAAGAAAUACGACAAAACAAAAGGUUUGUUGGACCAGAAUCUGUCGGCUCAGGAGAAUAUUCUGCGCGCUCUGACCAAAGCUAACGCUAAGUACAGCGAAACACGAAGAGCACUGUUGGACAACGAACGGAACCGAAACGCUCGCAUCGGUUCACUCAUCCAUACAUACGAUAUAUUUAAAGAAUUGCAAACAAACUCUAAGAAAGGUCUGGAAUUCUAUCAGAAGUUUCAGAAUAUAGUGGACAGACUUCACGCCCGAACUCGUGGUGUCUGUAGAGUUCAGGACGAAGAAAGAGCUCAAAUCAGUUCCUCUCAACGGAAGCCUAAUUUUAAUCAUUCAAAUGAUAACUAUAUCGCAACAAAUGGUGACACUUCUGGCACACCUAAACUCAAAGACUAUUUGCAAUACAUUAACACUUCUAAACCCAUUUCCGCUGCAAAUUCUGUUUCAAAUAAUUAUUACCCUAUUGUUCCGCCGGCGCAGAACUACCCGCCCACUAGUAUAUCACAGAAUAUGCCUCAAAAUUUAUCCCAUAAUUUGCCUACAAAUUCCCUCCAGAAUUCUGUUCAGAAUUCAACACAAAGUUUGUCUCAAAAUUCCUCUCAGAAUAUGACACAAAAUUCCUCUCAUAGUUUGGCUCAAAAUUCUGUUCAGAAUAUACCGCAUAAUUUACCCCAAAAUAUACCGCAGAAUUAUAAUCAAAACUUACCCCAGAAUAUACCCCAAAGUCAACCGCAAACUUUAUCACAGAAUUACCCCCAAACUGUUUCAAACAACUAUUCUUAUGGUAUAUCUCAAAAUGCGCCCCAAGUUAUGCCAUCCAAUCAAUCACAGAAUCUGCCGCAAACUUUAUCACAGAAUAUGGCAUAUAGUGUACCGCAGAACUCUACGUAUAGUGUACAACAAAACAUGUAUAAUAUACCACAGAAUCUGCCGCAGAAUAUGCCACAGAAUAUACCACAGAAUAUACCACAGAAUAUAUCACAGAAUAUACCACAGAAUGUACCACAAAGUUUGCCGCAGAAUGUUCCUCAAAGCUUAGCACAAAAUCUAACGUAUAGUACACUACAAAAUCCAACAUAUAGUGUACCCCAGAAUUCUUACAGUUUACCACAAAAUCCAGUAUAUACUGUACCCCAGACUACACCAUAUAGUCUACCACAGAAUGGCGGACAAUAUAACGCUUCACAGAUUCCAUCAUAUAGUGUGCAACAGAAUACAUCAUAUAGUGUACCGCAAAAUCAAUCUUAUAGUGUGCCACAGAAUACACAGUAUAGCGCACCGCAGAACCCGUCGUAUAGUUUGCAACAAAAUUUGUCUUAUAAUAUACCGCAAAACUUACCACAAAGUUAUGCACAGAACCAACAGUUCAGCCAACCCACUGAUUCUCUCCUUUCGGACCCCAUUAACGAUAAAACAUUUCCAAUACUUCCGGCCCCACUUCAACCUCAAGUGAUGUCUUCGCCGUCACUCACACCACAAACCACACCUCCUCUGCAGCCGAAUAUGGCAUCGGUUCCAAACCAUUGCAAUCCCAACGUAAGCGUUAAUAUUGACGGACCGGUUGAUCACCGAAAUCUGACUUUACUCGACUAA